UCAAGAAAUAACAAAUGGAGAGUACAAAAGAGAAUCUUGAUUCAGGAAGUGUGACAGACCCACAACAGGAACAGGUGGCAGGGCAGAGGGGGGUAAUGACACGUGGCCCAAAUGUUUUUAAGAAAAAAAUGGGAAGACCAAGAAAGUAUGGACCUGAUGGCAAACCCAUGGGAGCUGCUUUGUCUCCGAUGCCUAUUUCGGCGUCUAUUCCGAUCACCGGAGAUUACUCCAGCUGGAAACAAAGUCAUGGGAGUUCCAUGAAGAAAAAUCAAAAAUGGGAUUAUGCAUAUUCAGGUGAAAUAGUGCCAAAUACUGUUGGUGCUGAUUUUACGGCCCAUAUGAUCAUAGUCAAUGUUGGAGAGGAUGUUAAUAUGAAGAUCAUAUCGUUUGCUCAACAAAGCUCCAGAGUUAUCUGCAUCCUUACUGCAAGUGGUGCAAUUUCAAAUGUUACCCUAUAUCAACCUAACUCAUGUGGAGGCACUUUAACAUAUGAGGGCCAGUUUGAGAUUCUUUAUUUAUCAGGAGCAUUCAUGCCUAAUGACAUAGGAGGAGUAAAAGGGAGAUCUGGUGGAAUGAGUGUUUCUUUGGCUGGCCCAGAUGGACGUGUUUUAGGUGGGGGCCUUGCCGGUAUGCUGGUGGCUGCCAGUCCUGUUCAGGUCGUAGUUGGGAGUUUUCUUCAAGGUGACCAACAAGAGCAGCAGAUACACAAGAAAUCUAGAUUCGAAAAUGUUGAAACCACCACGCCUCCUACUAUUAUCCCAGAAACAGCAAGGAAAGCAUAUGCUGAUGAACCAGACCUAAACUUUACACCCAUAAACUCCAUACACGAGGAUAGGAAUACUGAUACUGAAAAGAACGGAUCUUCACAGGGUUCAUUACCAAUAGAUCCUCACACAUCACCGCUUCAGGUUACUUGCUGACCAUAUACCAUGUAUGUUGUAGUUUCUUUAGGCAAACCAUUCAACUAUUUAUUGGAGCUUGAAAUACUAACCGUAGAUUGUUAAGGUAGGCGUACUUGGAUUGCUGCUGUUGUGAAAUGUUAGAACCUAGAUGUAUGAUUUAGUAGGAUCUUGAAAUUAAGAUCUCAAACCUCUUUAGGUUGUCUGGAUCA